AUGGCCUCCGAUUCCAAACUCCGUAAGUAUUUGACAGUUUAUGUACAUUAUAAUGGUUUAUUUGCACCAAAACCAUUAGUGUACUUGAACUCUGUUGUUGUUUCAAUCGCUGAUGUUGAUUUUGGUGGAAUGGAUCUCAAAGAUUUUAAGUUGUUCAUUGAAAAGUUGAUUGAAAGCAGUUGCGAUAAUGUAUAUUAUUGGACUAGAAAUGAACCAUUGGCAGAGGGUAUUAGGAGAAUUGGGAAUGAUGCUGACUACUAUGAGUUUAUUGAAACGGGUUAUAGUGAUGAAGUUGGUCUAACAAUGAAUUUGUAUAUAGACCACGAAAAUGAACCUGUACUUGAUUGGGCUGAUAUGGAAGUAGUAGAAGAUGAUGAAGGGCAUUAUUCUGAGCCAGACGUGGAUGAUGAUAAAGAGUCACAACUUUCUGAUGAUAUUCCAUAUGAGCAUGAAGCAUAUGGUUACAUUCCUUCUCUUGACAAAACUGUUGGUGAUGAAUUCUUACACCGGGUGUCAGGUAUUUCUAAGGAUAAAAAUGAUGAGCUUGAAACUGAUGAUGUUGAAACCAACAAUGUGGAUGACAAACCAGUGUACCCUGUCCAUAAUGAGAACCAGAAAUGGGACAAAAUGAUGCCAAUUCUAGCUAUGAGAUUCUCUAACCCUAUGGAAUUGAAAAUUUGUUUGACUAACUAUGCAGUGAAGAAUGGGUACAAUCUUUAUUAUGAGAAAAAUGAUAGUCACAGGUUAUUAGUGAGAUGUUGUAAAGAUAGCAAGAACCCCUCUUGUCCUUUUAGACUGUGGGCUUCCUGGAUGAGUAGUGAAAGGUCUUUCCAGAUUAAGUCCUUAGUUGAUGACCAUAACUGUUCAAGAGUCUUCAAACUUGGUUCCAUUGUAACAUAUAAAUGGAUUGGAAAACAUUUUAAGAAUCAACUUUUGAAGAACCCCAAAAUGAGCAUAAGGAAAAUGAAAGCCAAAGUGAGUACAAAGUUUAACUUGAUUGUUAGUGUGACUCAAUGUAGAAAUGCUAGGAGAUAUGCUUUGGAUGAGAUAGAGGGUAGCUUGAUAGAACAUUAUGGUAAAGUAUGGAGUUAUGGUGAAGAAAUAAUGAGGACAAAUCCUGGUUCAACAGUAAAGAUAGAUGUGGAUGUCAUGCCUGAUUCCACCACUUACUUUUCUAAAAUGUAUGUUUGUUUUAAGGGUGUGAAGGAUGGUUGGAUUGCAGCAUGUAGGAGGGGAUUGGUAAAGGCUGUCAAAGAAAGAGUUCCAGCAGCAGAGCAUAGACAAUGUGCUAGGAACAUCUAUGCUAACUUCAAGAAAAGAUUCAAAGGUGAACAAUAUAGGAAGUUGUUUUGGGCAGCUGCUGCAAGUACUACUCAACCUAAAUUUGAGGCAGAAAUGAAUUACAUAAAAACAAUUGACCCUUUAGCUUAUGAACACCUCAUGGAAAGGGACCCUAAAAGUUGGUGCAGGGCAUUCUUUGAAGUGGACAGGGCUUGUGAUGCUUAUGAGAAUGACAUAUCAGAAAGUUUCAACUCUGUUGUUGAUCUUGCUAGGAAGAGACCACUCCUCACCAUGUUGGAAGAGAUUCGGAUUUAUGCAAUGGAGAGGAUGUAUAGAAUGCUGCUAGAGGGACAAAGUUGGGGUAAUUUAAAAAUAUGCCCAUCUAUAAGAUUAAAGAUAUCAAAGUUAAAGAAACAGCAAAGAUUUUGGGGAGUUAUAAUUUCUGGGGUACAAAAAUAUGAGGUUAGGAUUGGAAAUGAUGGAUAUGCUGUGGACCUUAACAACAACACAUGUGGAUGUAGAUCUUGGCAAGUAUCAGGUAUCCCAUGUGUGCAUGCAGUGGCAACCAUUUCAUACCUCAACAGGAAUGCAGAGGAUUAUGUUGCACCAUGGUUCCAUACAACCAUGUUCUUGACUUGUUACAACCAUACCAUUAACCCACUUAAUGGUAGUUCCAUGUUGCCUGAAGCUCCCUACAUGAAGCCAUUGCCUCCUCAAAAAAGAAGGUUACGAGGAAGGCCAACCCUUAAAAGGAAAAAGGAUCAAUCUGAGAUGGAAAGCAAAGGGAAAAGAAGGCAUAUUAUCUCAAAAGCAUGUUCAGUUAAUAGAUGCACUAUUUGUAGAGAAAGGGGCCAUAAUAGAUCAACAUGUCCUACUAGACCAGCAGAUGUAGCAUCCACUUCAAGGCCAAAAAACAAGAAACCUAAAAAAUGUAAAAAAGAGAAAGGUAAAGUGGAACCAGUUCAAGCAGAUCCAGUGGAUCCAGUUCAAGUACCACAUGUUGAACCAAUUGAUGAUCCAGCUCCACAUGUUGAACCAGUUCAAGUAGAUGAUCCACAUCCAAAUGUUGAUGUCCCUGCUCAACCAGUUGCAACUAGGAAGAGGAUACGAAAAUACUCAGAAAGAACUACCAAGAUAGGGUUGAGGAGGAAGGUUUUGAAGAAAGAAGGAAGCACUGGACACAACCCAAUGGUGUUGGAAUGA